CCCAUUUUGACUUUGCCGCGGGGAGCAGCGAAAUAGCAAAGCUAGAGAGAGACUCCAAUGUCUGUCGCCAACAGAAGUGCGAUCAGUGGAGCCCUACAUUUCUCCCGGUUAUCUUCUUCCUUUACCAGAAGCUUCACCACCUCUUCGCCGUCUCCCUCCACUCCGAACCCCAAUGCCCCGACUGCUUCGACUAAAACCAAGCGGAGGAAGAAGAAGAAGAACCUGUUCGAAGUAGUUCAGUUUUUGCCCAAUUGGGGAGUAGGAUACCAUGUCGCCAAGGCUCAUUGGGAUGAAAUAUCGUACCAGAUCACCAAAUUAAAUCUGUACAAGAGUGGCACGCAUGGCAAGGCAUGGGGCGUUGCUCAUAAAGAUGGUACGCGUAUCGCAGAAGCUCCGAAGAAGAUCAGUGGCGUUCACAAGCGCUGUUGGAAGUAUAUCGCUAGCUUACCGCGUUCGGGAGACAGCGACCCAUCAGCUGAAGUUCAAACUUCAUGACUGCAGAUUACAGUCCUUAAAUAUAGUCAGGUUUCUUAACUUCGUUAUAUGAGGGGCAUUCUGUGAUUUUAUUGUUGAAUAGAGGUUUAAGAAUCUGGUUGAUAUUUGUGAAUCAGUGUUUUUGUCCUGCUCCUGCUGUGAGAUGAAUACAAUAAUGUUUCCUUUUUUAAACGUGGAAAGUGUCGAAGAGUUCA